AUGACAGAAGUGAAAGGAACUCCCAUCAUUAAAGGUUCACGAACAAUGCAAAUAACUGGCUUAUAUAAAGGAAGGGCAAUUAUUAUAAAAGACUCUUACAGUGUUAUAAAUAAGAAGCUUAAACUAUUUCCUGCUAUGUUUAACUUACAAACAGGACCGAAAGAAGUAUUUCCAUACAACUACUACAGCAGUGUUUUGUUAGCAAAUGACAACAGAACUGGUGUCAUUUCUGAAGCAUGUAAGUUUAUCCGGGAUGCAGAUACAUUCAUGAAAAACAUAGAUUCCAUCAAAGGUUGCAGAAUAGAUGAGAACCACUUCGACUUAGAAAAGUAUAGCACAUUUUAUUGCAAACAAGAUGUAAGAAUUUUAAGAGAAGGUUUUGUUAAGUUCCGCAAUGACAUAUUGAAAGAAUUUGAUUUAAACGUUUAUGACUACGUUAGUAUUUGUUCAAUUGCUAACAAAUUAUUUGAGAACAGAGUGUACUUCCCGAAUGGAAAUUUAUAUGACCUCUCAAAUAAACCAAGAGAAUUUAUUUCACGCUGUAUUCAAGGUGGAAGAUGUAUGCUGUCAGAUAACAUGAAACAAAAGAGCGAAAAGAAACUCAUUGCUGACUUCGACGCUGUUUCAUUAUAUCCAUCAGCUAUAGCAAGACUUUAUACUUUAGAAGGUAUUCCAAAGGUUAUGAAGAAAGAAAUGUUAAGCACAGAGUAUCUCAUGAGACAUUUAUUCGAUGACGACCAAAAGGAACCCAUUGGUGAAAAGUUUAUGUCUGGCUUCUUUGUUCUCAUUAAGAUAACAGAGAUUGGAAUACAUAGACACUUUCCUUUAAUAGUUUGUGACCCUGAACUAAAUCCAGAACUUAACGUUCCCAGAAGUUCAAACACUUGCUGUUUAAUGUAUGUUGACCAUAUAACAUUACAAGACCUCAUAAAAUAUCAAGGUGUCAAAUGUGAAGUGUUGCAAGGAUACUAUUACGAUGGAAACAGAGAUAUUAGAAUAAGAGAUGAAGUAAAGAAGUUGUUUGAGUUAAGGUUAAAGUAUAAGAAAGAAGGAAAUCCUUUGCAAGAAAAUAUAAAGCUCAUUCUGAACAGUAUUUAUGGCAAAACUAUUCUAUCUCCUAUUGAGUCAAAAAUAACCAUAGUAAAUGACAAAGAUGCUAUAAGAUAUGCCAUCAGAAACUACAACCAUAUAGUGAAGUUCGAAGGUUUGGAUGGUUCAGAUAAAACUAUUUUCAAGCUAACGAAAAGCAUUUGCAGACACUUUAACUUCUGUCCACUUGGUGUUAACAUUCUGUCUAUGUCGAAGAGAAUAAUGUGUGAAGUAUUCUGUACUGCUGAGGACUUAGGAAUGGACAUCUUUUAUAGCGAUACGGACAGUAUGCAUCUCUACAAUGAAGAUAUCCCUCGUUUAGCUGAAGAGUAUGAGAAACGUUAUGGAAGAGUUCUCAUUGGUAAAAACCUUGGUCAAUUUCAUAGCGACUUUGCAGAAAUCACACCUGGAAAACAAAGUUUAGCAUACAAGUCAAUAUUUUGUGGAAAGAAGACUUACAUAGACUUACUCACGAAUGAUUUAAAUGAAGUUGCAUUUCACUGCAGAAUGAAAGGCGUGAAGCAAGAUGUUAUUGCUUUAACCGCUAAUGAAAUGUUUCCUGACUCUGUUCAGUGUUUCUAUGAUGAAGAUAAAGGUUUAAUGGUUCCGCAAGGAACAUAUGACAAAGACUCUGAGUUCAGUUUAAUGAAACUUUACAAAGCACUUUAUGACGGUCAAGAGAUUGGAUUUGACUUAUGUAAGUCAUGUCAACCUUGCUUUGAAGAGAAGUUUAACUUCUCAAUAACGACUAAAACAAGCUUUAUUCGUAAGUUGAAGUUCUGA